AGACUGCCGAGCACACAAUGACACAGUCCGUCCGGUAGAGCAACAUGUCAUAUUCUGGAUAUUUUAUAUGGAUUUUCUUCUCCUCGUGGGGAGUCAUUGCGGGCAGUGUGAGGACUCUACCUCAUGUGAUGAAGUACCAAACAGUGAUCCCUCAGAGGCUGAAGGAUUCAUCUCUCAUUAAUGAUGCUGCUACACUUCAGACAUACCCUGAUGUACUCCAGUACUCUGUGACGAUUGCAGGGCAAAACCACACACUGUACCUGGAAAAGAACAAAGAUCUUGUCGGGAAAAGCUUUUCCGUGACACACUAUUCUGAUCAGGGAGCCCAAGUCACAACUACCCCAGCUCUUGAGGUUCACUGCUACUACCAUGGACACAUUGUGGGAGUGGAGGACUCCUCUGCCAGCGUGGGACUGUGCUCAGGAAUCAAGGGGUUUGUGCAACUCCUGGACCAAGUGUACCUUAUCGAACCUCUGGCCAGCGCCGAGGCGGGACAGCAGGAUGACAGACAGAGCUCAGAAGCUCACAGUGCCGAGGGUCUUCAUGCUGUUUACAACUACAGACACCUGAGGAGGAAGAGGAGCUCCUGUUCCCAUGGAAACACAACCACUUUUUAUGAUCAUGGAGCUCGUCCGUCUGGACUGUUCCAACUCGGCAGUCUGAAAAGCAGAGCCCAGACCAAAGACCGCAUGGGAAAACCCAGGACAGUGGAGCUGGUUGUGGUGGUCGACCAUACGGAGUACAAGAAGUUUGGGAGUAAGAAGACAAUAGAGGCCAGAGUGCUUGAAAUAGCAAAUCACGUGGACAAGCUGUACCGCCCCGUAGGUGUGCGUGUGAUGCUGGUCGGUCUGGAUAUCUGGUCGUACAGAGAUCAGAUAGAGGUCAGCACUAACCCUGAGCUCACCCUCGGCCGCUUCCUCGAGUGGCGUCAGCGGAGCCUGCUGCCGAGGACCAAACACGACAACGCGCAGUUCAUCACGGGUGUGGAUUUCGAUGGUUCCACUGUCGGCUUAGCAAACACCAAUGCAAUGUGCACCUCUAACUCUGGAGCUGUCAAUGAGGACCAUAACACUAACUCAAUAGGAGUGGCCUCUACUAUUGCACAUGAGAUGGGUCACAACCUGGGCUUGUCCCAUGAUACUGAAAACUGUGUCUGUGGCUCCUUAACAAGCAAAAGAGGCUGCAUCAUGUCUGAGAGUGUUGGCUUUGUGUAUCCAGAGCUGUUCAGCAGCUGCAGUCAGCAGCAGCUCAGCAGGUUCCUGGAGGAGGUCAACCCUGCCUGUCUGCUGAACACUCCCUCUAGUGAUCGCAUCUACGGAGGGGCAGUGUGUGGAAAUGCCUUCCUGGAGCCUGGAGAGGAAUGCGACUGCGGCACUGUGGAGGAAUGCAAGAACCCCUGCUGCAAUGCCACUACCUGCAAACUUAAUGCAGGGGCCCAGUGUGCAGAGGGAGAGUGCUGCCACAACUGCCAACUGAAACCGACAGGCAUCGUCUGCCGACCAAAGACAGGAGACUGUGACCUGGCAGAAUACUGCACUGGCCUCUCCGCCUCCUGUCCAACUGACGCCUACACCCAAAAUGGCCUGCCCUGCAACCGUGGUAAAGGAUACUGCUAUAAUGGACAGUGUCCUUCACGGCAGGAACACUGCAGGAGACUUUGGGGACCAGAUGCUGAAGUAGCCGCAGAUGCUUGUUUCUCCCAGCACGGUAACUGCAGAAAGACACUGUUCAGCCAGAGAUGUUCAAGCCGAGAUCAAUCCUGUGGGACACUUUUCUGCUCCGGAGGCUGGGAGUUUCCAGUGACAUCCAGGAAGUCCUUCUACAAAGUGAGAAAUGGAGACAUAUGCAAUGAGGCGACUAUGAACCCUGAAGAUAACUACCCCGCAGAUUUGGGCAUGGUGCCAACUGGUACCAAGUGUGGCAACAACAUGGUAUGCUACAAUCAACGGUGUCAAGACCUCAAAAACAUAAAAGUAUACGGCACAAACAGCUGCUCUGCCAAAUGCAACAACCACGGGGUUUGUAACCAUGAGAACAAGUGUCACUGCAACCCUGGCUGGGCCCCGCCUUUCUGUGACGUGCUGCUGUCAGAGCUUCCAGAAGAGGGAGGUCUGGUGGUGUUUGUUGUGUCACUGGCGGUUGGCUUACUGCUACUGCUGGUCCUGGUUAUCGGGAGUUUGAUGUGCUGCAUCAAAAAAAGGCGACCUGCAAAGAGAUUCCUCCAAUCUACCUCAGGACAAUUCAACCCGGUGUUUCGGUCAAGCAGUACACGAGGCAGCCCUCGUCUCGGGACCACACACAUCAGCAGGCCUAUAUUUGUGGAGUCCUCAGCCACUCAAGCCUGUAAACCUCUGUCUUCUGCUGCUGCUAGACCAUAUUCUGGAGCACUGAGGCCCAGCAGAGCAGCUCCGGAGCCACCUAAGAAAGUCCAAGCUAUACCCCAGCCAUCAAAGAUUCAGCAGAUUGUAAGGCCAUUCAUGCAGCCAUCAAUUGUUUCAAGCAAGUCAGUCUAUACUGAGGAUAAGCCACUACCUCCAUCCAGACCUCUACCACCACUUGCAACGAAACCGAUCAUGAAGCCAAAGCCUCCGAUGCCUCCAGUGAAGCCAAAGCCCUUUGCAGUCCUGUCUACACUGCCACACACUCAGCUGCUCGCAGGGAGAGUUGCCCUGAUGCCCCCCAGCAGGCCCAGAUGACAGAGGGAAUAAUUCAGCCCGGCGUAAACACCAAGAUCCUCUCACAGAGGACACUGUUGUCGUUUCACCUAGAAGGACCUAGAAAUCCUCUCAGGAGAUGCUCGUCUGUUUUUAAAGCGGAAACAAGAUCCACGGAAGGAUCAGCAACAAUAAAUGACACAGCUUUACUGUCAAUUAUUGUCUCCCUGAAGAUUACCGCCUUCUGUGUCUUGCUUAUGUAAGCCUUCAGUAUGUUGAUGAAAACCUGAAGCCGUGAUUGACAGACUCAGCGUCUGUGCUUUAUAGCUGACAAAUGGCUAUGCAGCCAUGAUGAUUUUUUUUUUCUUUUUUCAAGGGAAAUGUCUCUCUGCCUUCAUCCUUGGAUAUGUGAAUACUUUAUGAGGCAAUUGCACUAUUGAUGAUGUAACUGUUUCACUAACUGUUACUGUUCCCUCACAUGGUUUUGGUACUGCUUUUCUAAGAAAUGAUGUUGUUAAGGGAUUUUAAAUGUGGGCACUUUACAGAUUUUUAAAUUAAGUAGAAAAGUUUUGACUUUUUUUGUACUAACCUUGGUAUGAUUGACUUUGUGAGACUGAAUUAUUACAUGCAGCCGUUUUGUUUUGUUUUGUUUUGUGUGUUGACUUGAUACAUGUUGAUUGUAAUUCGUCAAGGGAUUUUAUAUCAUAGUCUAUGCAGCAGACAUGAUCACACAGUCCUCCAUAAUGCCAACCAUUGUGGUUUUUCCUUACAGGGAGGACUCUGCCUUGAUUUGUCCUGCAAACUUUGAACUGAAAAUGUACUAGAACCGUUCCAAUUUAUUGAGAACUUCCUUUUGUCUGUAAACGGAGCUUACAAUAAAAGUAAAUCACCACA